GGAUCAAUCAGCUCCCAGAGAACGGAUGUCUAGUCAGGCUGAGACUGCAUCUGAUGCCAGUAAUUCUGAUGACUCACCCUCGUGUGUUCCCUCGGAGCCUUUGAUCAUUAGUGAGGACCAGGGAUCUCUUGACAUAGAACGUAAUGGUUCCUUUGAUGAUAAUGAUGAUGAUACUGAUUUUGAGGAUGCUCCAAAAGUCGCUUUUACCAUGGGGAAUAGCAAGAACUGUGGCGCUGUUUACCUCCCUAAUAAGAAUAAGCCUGAUGAUAUUGACGAAGGAAAACUCAGUACCAGUGGCAAGACUACAAACACCAAGAGAGCACCUCCAAACAGGCCAGCUGCUGUGUCUAAGAAGCCAGUUCGUGCUAAGAAAGCAGCCCCCGCUCCUCCUUCAAAGAAAGCAGUUGUGCCUGCCAAAAAAGGAAAGGCAUCAGAAUCAGAGGUUGACUCCUUGAGGGAGAAGGCCAAUGCUUACUACGCAUCUAAAGUACCUGCAAUUCCUGAAGGGUCUGGCCCCAGGAUAUCUCAGCGUAAGAAGACUAGCAGGUCCAAGGUGGUGAUUGAUGAAGAUAGUUCUGAUGAGUCGGAUGAUGAGGACAUAAGCAUGCGUUGUUCACGUCAGCUAGUUAAUGCUUACCAAAGAGCAAACACCUCUGAGGAUGCUGAUGAUGAGCUACGUUGUCUUAAGCGGGCAAAAGUUUUGUUGCCAAAUGGCUUUAAACAAUUACCUCCCUUGUUCUCAAGACAUGGCGAAGAGCUGUCAAAGCUUUUUAAUCAAGAAUCAGCUGAUGACUGCACUGACAACAAGGACAAUGCUGAAACCAAUGAUGACAACAACUCUCCUGGACAGGGUAACCCGGAAGACCCAUGCCCUGUUUGUCUAGAAAAGGUUCACCGUAAACGUUAUCAAUGCGAAGAAUGCCUUGUGUUCAUGUGCUGGUUUUGUCUUGCGGAAUGGCUGAAAGUAGCGACAACUUGCCCCCAUUGCAGGGACGAAAAAGACAUCAUUAUUGUCCCUAGUGACUUAGAUUCUUCUGAUGAAGAGUGAUUUCAUUAGAACUAACUGUGUUCAUUUUUAUCCUUUGUUCAUUUUUUUUUGUGAUUGAU